CUGGCCCUUCUAUAACAGCGCACUAGAUACAACCUUUUUCUGGUUUAUUCAGUUAAGAGUUGCAAAGAUACAUUCCUGCUCUAUUAUGCAAAUUGGCGCUGGAAACAAUUACUGGAAAAAGGAGGAGGCGAACCACUCGUGGAUAGAUUGUCUGCCAUGUUUUAUUGCAAAUCGUGCGAUUUCGAUUGCCAAAGCCUGGAGAAAUUCAGGAAGCAUCUCUCCAGUUAUAAGCAUGGACGGGAAGAGUUUAUACGCACUAGGUGGUACACACAACUCGUAUGUGUAACGAAGACGUGGAGAAGGAACUACAGGGCCACGCCUGAACACGCCACCGCUAAAAUACAGGUGUGGUGGGACAUGGAUCAAUGUCCGAUUCCAGAGGGGUAUGAUGCUCGUCUGGUCCGUCCAAGUAUAGAAGCCGCAUUCAAGGAAAUAGGCUACUCUGGUCCUGUUUCGAUCACUGCCUAUGCUGACCAUAAAGAAACCCCUAAUCACGUCCUUCUAGCCCUCUCUUCCACUGGAGUCGAUGUUGCACAUACUCUCCACAGGUUCAAACAGUCUCGCAUCUAUCAAGAUGUGAGGCAAUGGACAAAGAAUAAUCCUGCUCUGGCUUCAUUGAUGCUCAUAUCGGAUAAUGUGCAUCCUGGCAACAGCAUCACAUCACUUAUUUCUCGUUCUCUACAAAUGAGUAACUACAACUGUUUUUUGGCUUAUUCAUUUAGGCCUUGUGAAAUGACAGUAAUGCUCACUUCCGCAGAGUGGCUCUGGGAAAGCUUACUUGCAGGUAGGAUAUUCUCGCAAGAACAAACGUAUGAGGAAGGCACCCCGGAAGUUAAGUGA